ACACGCAUCUACACGCAUGGAACUCGUAGCAGCUGAAGUUUCGGCGUGAAGUACUUUCUUCGGCGCGUGGUAAAUCGUAUUAAUAGGAAGAUGCUCGCCAGCGCUGUUUCUCGGCUGCCCCUGAAUGUCUUGCGCGUGACCGAAUCGCCAGUCGCACAAUGCUUGGUGGGAAACGCAUUCAGGAGAACUCAUUCCUUCGCCCUUGCGAGUAGCACCUCUCGCGCAAGCGCGCCGGCGCUAUGUCGGAUCUUUCGAGAACCACGGGACGUCGGUGGUCACUGCUUUCGAGAAAGCCGACGUUAUGCUGGACACAGCCACUGGCAAAACGUUCGUCACAUCAAGGCGGCCAAGGACGCGCACAAGAUGUCCAUGACGGACAAACACAUGCGCCUCAUCGAAGUUGCAGUGAAAGCCGGCGGCGGGAGCACAGACCCGAAGCUAAACCGUACGCUGGCGAAUGCCAUCGAGGGCGCCAAGAAAACGCAGGUCGUAUCCAACGCGAACAUCGAACAAGCGAUACGACGCGGAGCGGGUCUCGACAAGCCCAAGAACCUGAAGAGUGCCAACUAUGAAAUCAUAAUGGAGCACGGCGUGCUUCUCGUUCUCGACGUCGAAACGGGAAACAUUAGCAAGUUCGGCAACGACCUGAAACAAAUAGCCAAGAAGCAUACGUGCAGGUUAACUCGAGGUGGCGUCAAGGAACAGUUCCUGCAGAAGGGUUUCGUUCGGGUCUCUGGUCGGGAAGAUGGCGGUACCCUAGAUCCAGACGCUGCUCUCGAGGUUGGCAUCGAGCAUGGAGCCGAGGAAGUGACGGAAAUCGACGGUGACUCCAAGAUGUGCGAGUUCCUGUGCGAUCCGAAAGACUACUUCGCCCUCUCCAAAGCUCUGUCCUCCAACGGUUACGUGAUUGCCGAGUGCGGCCUCAAAUUCGUGCCCCACGUACCGAUCACUGUGCCCGAGGAGCACUUGGAAGUGGUCGGUAAACUUUGCGACGAACUUGAGGAGCACCCCGAUGUUGUUGCGGUCCACACGAACAUUGCGUAACGUUUUAUAAAUAUGGAUGAAUGCUAAAUGCGAUCUAGUUUCGAAAGAAAAUCAUGUACAUAAGAUUAUUCAUUUGGUUGAUAUUUUUCAUUUGCCCUGGCUAAAUUAUUAGAAGCAAGGCACACCGCAUAGAGCUUGCCAUUAGUGUGCCAGGGUUUCACGGGGCGGGAAAUGGGCUCAUUGGACUUUUUAAGAACGCUCACACGCUGAUGUUACUGUAGUGAAGGAAUGCUCGCAGUUGUGCUGUAGAUCACUGUGUGGAUAUGUCAAAAGAACGGGCAAGUCUGACUUGAAGAGGUGUGCAUUAAAGAUCACCUCAUAGGUGUACCUUACCCAAUUAAACCCUGAUUUUGUAGGCUCAAA